UUAAACACAGUGUGUCAGCUGUUGGUAUUGACAGUUGUAUAGCAACAACAAUUGCGUCUUAUAAACAAUUAAAAUGGAUAAUUAUCCGCAAAAACUAAUCGAUCAGUAUUUAAAGGUUUCAAAUAAACUUAAAAAAUUUGACAGAAUUGUAUUCAAGCGCUUUGCACCCAAUGUCACCGAGGUGUUAGAUGAAUUUGCACGGCUGGCGACACGAUUUGAGGAAGCUGGCAUUUAUCAAUAUGCUGCUAUGUGUCAUUUAGGCGUGGCCAAGUGUGAGCUUUCCUCUGGCAAUGUGGUUAAUGAAUGUCAAGCUUACUUAAAGGCAGCACGCGCAUUCAUGCGCGCUAACAAUACAAAUGCUGCACUACAAUUGCGUUCUAGUGGCGGUGAAUGCACAGAGGGCGCAUUACGCUGCUACUGUCAAGCUUUGGAACGUUGUCCCGAUGACACAGUCUUAAAAGCGGCUAUAAUACGCGAAAUGUCGCCACUGCAACCACACUACGAUGGCUGUAGUAGUUUCGCUUCACCUGCUCAUCGUAUUUUUGAAUUGGAGUUAGCUGCACACGCAUCUCUAGAACAAAAAGACUUUCUCAGUGCUCUACAGCAACUUGAUGAUAUAGUGGAUAACAUUUGUGAACGUAAACAAUAUGAAUUGUAUACGGAUCUACUGCGACGUGUGGAAAUAUUACGUCUAUUAUUACUUAUUGCAUUGAAUCUACCACCAGCGCGACAGUCGCCUUCACAUAUUAAGUUAAUAGAAUAUUAUGAACGUUUGGCUGACAUCGAUGAUGAAAAUACAACAAACACAGGCUCGCCACUGGCGACUGCUAGUGGUAGCCACUAUAGCACUGGUAAUUAUGUGCCGCUGCAAAUGAAAUGGGAAUUAGCAGAAAUAGUGCUGGCUUGGAAAGAGUGCCGUAUGUCAGAUUUUAAAAUUAUGUUGGAACAAUUUUUAGUUCAUUUUAAUGCGCUCAAUGAGGCACAUAAGCAUGUAGUACGGUACAUAUGUGACGGAAUAGCGCAAAAAUAUUGAAUAGGUAAUCCGCCAUUAUAUGUAAAAAUGGAAGGCGCCUUGGAAAGUAACUUAAUUUAAGAAUUAAUAUGAAUACACAUAUACUGCACGUGCACUUAAUUAAAUAAUAAAAAUAAUUUAAAGCAAGUAUUCUUUAUGGUUAGUCGUCAGCGUAGAGAUUUUAACAGCAGUCAACGCAGCAUUAACAACACUGUUAAGAAAUUUCAACAGCCCGUUAGCUAAUAAUUUUGUAUAAUUGCAAUAAAACACGUUUAUUGUUGUUUUAAUGAA